AAUGCUAUAACAUCUAGCUUUUUGCCAAGAUUAAUUACCCUAUAGUAACAUAUAUGGCCCUGUGUCUUACCUUAAUAUUAAUGUAAUUAUCUGACUAUAUUGAUAAAGUUAUCUCAAUGGAAGGCUAUGUUUGCCUGACAGUUGUGAGUGAGGGCACAAUUAUGCUGAUCGAUUGACUCAUGUUUUCGGUGUUGUCAGACAGACUGACGGAGGAGAAAACGUGGACAGAUCAUUUUACAUUUUCUUCCCCAAUGUUUGAUUUAACCUCGGUGACAGUUUGACAGACAUUUGGUGCUCAACGUAAAAAACAAAAAUUGGAAAGAUAUAGCUAUAAAAUGACGGAACAGUCCUCGCUGUUACUACGUAAACAAUUAGCAGAGCUCAACAAGAACCCAGUGGAGGGCUUCUCUGCCGGCCUUGUAGAUGAUGAUGACAUCUAUCAGUGGGAGGUGGUCGUCAUUGGACCCCAAGACACAUUAUUUGAAGGAGGUUUCUUCAAAGCAACUCUAACCUUCCCCCGUGACUAUCCUCUGAGGCCACCAAAGAUGAAGUUUGUCACAGAAUUGUGGCAUCCAAAUGUGGCAAAAAACGGCGAUGUCUGCAUCUCCAUCCUGCAUGAACCUGGGGAGGACAAGUACGGCUACGAGAAGCCUGAGGAGCGCUGGCUGCCAAUCCACACAGUGGAGACCAUCAUGAUCAGUGUCAUCUCCAUGCUGGCAGACCCUAAUGGAGACUCUCCUGCAAAUGUGGAUGCAGCUAAAGAGUGGCGGGAGGAUCCGACGGGAGUUUUUAAGAAAAAGGUUGCACGCUGUGUGCGGAGGAGUCAAGAGAUGGCAUUUGAUUAAGGAAUCACAACACAGUGGAUAAACUGCACAUGGGAUUUGACAACUGGCAAACCGGGAGUGGUCUUGAAGAACAUGGGGCUCCACUUUAUCAACAUCAGCUGCCUCCCAAAAUGGAAAAGACUUACAGAAUAUUUUAAACCUCUAUUUCCCUUAUUUGUAUCUUGCAGUUUGAUAAUGGUUUUUGAUUUUAUGUAAUUGAAUGGCAUUGGUAUUCAUCCUGCCAAAGGUUCUGUUUUACUUUACAAUAUCCAUCAGGCUACUUCUGGUCAAGCAUCAGCAGUUUUCCUCCCAGGACGAUCAAUAAUUCAGCUUAUUAUCUGCUCACUCGGCAGAAGGAGCAAACCAUCCCUUCUGAUAAAAAACAACAUAUUCUUAGUUUGUUUAGUUUAUCUAUUUAUUUAGAGUGUGACUAUUUUAAAGAUGCAUAUCGUCUGUUUUUGGAGGGAUUUCUUUUGUUCUUUUUUUUUUUUUUUUUCAACCUGCCACACUGAGCCAACCAAACCUUACAGUUAUUUAAUCAAGUAUGCAACUUAGUUUGGAGUGUUUGCCGCCACAAACACUCGGCUUUUGCUCGCCCUACGCGCUCUUAGCGUCCAGCAGAGAAAAGUGUUCCUUGUUUUCCCUGAGGGGGAAACUUCUCACACCAGCACUGCCUUAACUUUAAUUACCAGCAAAUGAAACCAACCUUCAGAAAGACUGCAACUGACUGCUUCUUCUACAUCCUGAAAAAAAACAACUAUUGUGGACAAAUCAAAUAAUAUUCCAAUAAAUAUGUUUUUACUGAAAAAUG